CGCUGACGUCAUUAAUGCCAAACCAAGAGUACUAUACAAAGAUAAAGUAUCAUAAUAAUAUCUCCACUUCUAGUCAGACGUCAAAGUACUUCUGCUUUGUUUAAUGCAUAAAGUUUCAGCUAUGUACUUGUCUUUGGCUGUUCUCUGUUUUCUCAUUUAUUCUUCCAGCGGCUCUAUAGAAGAAUGGAGCCAUUUGAUGGAUGAUGACGUCACCGAUAUACCUUAUCGAUCGUUUCGGAACAAGAUGGCCAAAAGAGUCCUCAGCAUUUUUACUCAAAACACACCAUUUGGUUUAAAUCGAGGAGGAGGCGACAUCCCGCGCCUUUCAGGAUUUUUCAGGACGUCCAAUUUGGGCAGCAUGUUGGGAAACCGACGUCCUUUCGGCAAUCCUCUACGUUGGGGAUAGAAAUUGUGUCGGACAUUUCGGGAUUUAACUGUAAUAAUUAAACUUAUCGAAUAUUUUAUCUUCGUGUGUUAUCAUCAUCUAUAUACAUUUUUAAACAAAAAAUAUUCGAUGGCAUUAUUUUUCUUUUAUUUAAA